AACUAUUAUUGAAAUUUCUGAGAAUGAUUUUGAAAAACCCUGCUCAAGUAAAGCAGGACGACCAAAGGUUAGCUACACAGAUGCAAAAGAUCCGCUUAAGGGGAAGCUGGCAAGUGAUCUUUAUUGUGAAAACAAUGACGAUGUUGAUUUUUUGAUUCAUGCAGCUGCUGUGGCGGCAAAAAAAUCAAAACAAAGUGAUUUAGCGUUUAUUUUAAAGAAAACUGUACAUCAAGCAGAACAAAGCGAAAUAAGAAAAGCUGUUACCUCCAAAAAACCCGAAGCAGUUCCACUUACUCCGGAAGAAGCUCUCGCAUUUUUACUUGAAAAUGAUUUAAGCAAAAGACAAUAUAUCAACAUGAGGUUGUUAAAUAAAGAAAGGAAUUGCAAUAUAUAUCCAAGCUAUGAGGAAGUAAUUAAAUGUAAGCUACUUUGCCGGCCUAAGGAGAUAUCUGUGUCGGAGUCUUCAGCAGAAGUAUCACUGCAAAAUCUCUUAGACCAUACCGCACAACGCAUUCUUUUAUUCCAAAAAGAUGUCUUGCACGUCAUGGCAGAAAUUUCGAAUGUUGUUUUAAUUGCUAGCUAUGGGUUUGACGGUACAAGGGGACAAAGUAUGUUUAAACAAAGGUUUGAGACAAGUACACCUCAAAUUUUUGACCAAUCACUGUUUGUAACUACCAUUAUACCUUUACAAAUGUUGGACAGUUCUGGCAAAAUUAUUUGGAGGAAUCGCACUACGCAAUCAGUGCGGUUUUGCAGGCCAUUAAAAAUGCAAUUAGCAAAAGAAUCUACGGCUCUAAUUCUAUCAGAAAAUAGUCAGCUAGAUAUGCAAAUAUCUUAUUUAAAUCCAUUUGAAUAUUAUCUUGAUAACGGAAAAAAAAAUUAUUGUCAAUUAUGAUUUGCAUAUGACUUUGAUUGAUGGAAAAGUACUAAAUGUUAUAACAAACACCAAUUCUAAUCAAAAAUGCCCAAUAUGUGGUGCUACACCAAAACAAUUAGUAACAACUAAAAAUUUUAAUUCUGAUGUUUUUAAACCUAAACUUACAUCUCUUAGAUAUGGUAUUAGCCCACUACAUUCAUGGAUUCGAGUAUUUGAAUUCGUUGUACACAUUGCUUAUAGAAUCGAAUUAAAAAAAUGGCAAAUAAGGGAAGCUUCAGAUAAAGAAGCAUUCCAACUUCGUAAACAAGAAGUACAAAAGAGGUUUUGGGAAGAAAUGGGCCUUCAUGUAGAUAAGCCUAAAGCAAAUGGUGGUGGAACAUCAAAUGACGGCAAUACUGCCAGGAAAGUAUUUAACAAUUUGGAACUCCUUUCUUUAAUUACAAAUAUUGAUAUAGAAAUUUUGAAUAACUUUAGAGUUAUAUUAAUUGCUAUUUCCUGCGAGUAUCCUAUAGAUACCACAAAGUUUGAAGAUUUUUGCAAAAGAACUGCCUUCUUGUACAUGGAAAAAUAUUUAUGGUUUCCAAUGUCAGCAACAGUUCAUAAAAUAUUGGUUCACGGCUCACAGAUUAUACAAAAUUGCGUAAUGCCUGUUGGUUGUUUUGGUGAAAAUGCGUCAGAAGCUCGAAAUAAAUUAUGCAAGAGAGAUCGCAACGCACAUGCAAGAAAAAAUACAAGAAAAAAUAAUAUGACUGAUGUUUUCAAUAGAGCAAUGGAUUCCUCAGACCCCCUUCUUUCAAGCUUGUCUUUAUCCGUUAGAGAAAAAUAUCGGAAAAGAGAGAAGCUACCAGAAGAAGUAAUACAAUUGCUUACACCUUCAAGUGAGUUUCAAAUUUUCAACCACUUGCCAGGGGGAUCUGAAUACGAUUCGGAUAAUUCUGAUUCCGAUAUAUCGGAAGCAGACGUUGUGGAGAACGCUUUAGUUUUAGAUACGGAAGACUGA